AUGGUGAAUCAGGAGGUGCAGGAACUUCUGAAAUUCCAGAAGGUUCAAAUGGAGCGGAAACUACAGAAGCACCAGCAACAGCCAUCACCGUUGCAGCCACAACCACCACCGUUGCAGCCACAGCCAUCACCGUUGCAGCCACAGCCAUCAUCUUUGCAGCCACAACCACCACCAUCUUCAUUUCCGCCACCACCUUCUCCAUCAUCUCCGCCUUCAAUACAACCAGAACCAGAACCAUUACCGUUGCAGCCACAACCAUCUCCAUCUCCAUCUCCGCCUUCAUUACAGCCAAAGUCACAAACAUCACCGUUACAGCCACAAACAUCACCAUCACAACCAUCACCACCUCCAUCACCGCCACCACCGCCAUUACCACCAUCAUUAUCACCUCAAUCACCUCUAUCACCACUUCCAUCGCAACCAUCACCUUUACAUUCCCAAUCUCCAAUUCCCCCAUCUCCAUCUGUAUCACUUCCAUCAUUCUCACCGUAUCAAUCUCCAAAUCCUUCAACUCCAUCGUCUCCACCGCUACCACCGCCACCACCGCCACCUCCAUCAUCUCCACUACCUCCACCUCCAUCAUCUCCACUUCCUCCUCCACCUCCAUCAUCUCCACUACCUCCUCCGCCUUCAUCAUCUCCACUACCUCCUCCGCCUUCAUCAUCUCCACUACCUCCUCCACCUCCAUCUCCACUACCUCCUCCACCUUCAUCUCCACUUCCUCCUCCACCAUCACCAAAACCACCACUACCCCCAGCUUCUAAAAUACCACCCCCCGUACCCCCAAAAACAUAUAAAUAUGCUAAACUAAUAACCUCUGAGAUUUCUGGCCUCACUGAUAACCAAAGUAAUGACCUAAGUGAUGACCAAACUGAAGAUGAACAAAAUCAUUUAAAAACCACUCAAAAACAAACUAAUAGGUUAAAUACUACCCAAAUACAAAAUUUAAUGAAAUUGCAAAAUCAAAUCAUUAUGAAAAGUUUUCUGAGAGAAAAUGGACUGGAGGAUUUGUACUUACUCAACUGCAAUUUAAAUACUCUAGACAGGAUUUAUUACUUACUUGAAAAAGUUAAAAAGAUUAUAUUACAAGUUCAAGUCAGAGAAACUAAAAUGUAUAAAACCAAUUUAAAUAGUUUCAUUACUUCUCAUUCUAUUAUGAAAAAGAAUAUUGAAACUACUAAUUAUCAAACACUUGUUAAUUCUUUAAAUGUAUUAAAAGAUUACCUAAAACAAAUACUUGAUGAUUGUAAAAGCCUUCAUAAUAUUCAACCAAGUACAGAAAUUCAUACAGAACAUUAUUCUGGUAAAAUUGAUGAAUGUGAAAAUGAAAAAUAUAUUCCUUUAAUUGAUUUAUAUUCAUUUUUAUUUAAAAACUAUAAAAAACUCAUUGCCAACUCAACUUUUGGAGCAAGAAUGCUUAAUCAUUUUGUUACUAUAUUAAAAGAUUUUACUGAGUUUAAUAAUUGUUUUGUUCAAGAGAAAAUUGAAUACUGGAAAUCAUUAUUACAAGAAUAUAAGAAAAAUAUUAAAUAUGAAAUUAAGAUGGAUAAUAAAACAAAAUGUAGUGGUUAUUCUCAUCAUGGUGUUAUGUGUUCAAUCAAUGAAUGCAUUAAAACUUCUGAGGAUCGUUUAAAAUCUGAAAAGAUUAUAGUAUAUAAAUUUAUGGUCAAACUUUUAAGAGAAUUGAUUUCUAAAUGUGAACAAGUUAAAAAUGAUCCCAAUUUUGAUGAUAAUUUAAAAGGACAAUUAUUUAAUGAAAAUUGCAUUUACAAGUAUAAUAUUAGAUAUAAUAUUCAGUCCAAAUUUUUGAAUAAUUCAAAUCAAAACCAAGUACUUGAAAGAAUUCAAAAUUUAAUACAAAGCUUUGGAGGGAUUGUCUUUAUUCAUGAUUCUAGAGACUGCAAUCCAAACAAUAUUGUUAAAAUUCUUGAAUUUAUUGCAAGACUUAAAGUAAUUAAGUCUCUUGGGGAUAAUAAUACAAAUUUAUAUAGUAGUACUAUUACUAAUCAAGAAGAAAUAAAAGCCUUAAAUAUAAAAUCAAUAAAUUUUUUAAUCAAAUUAAUGUUAGAUAUGAUUUCUUUCUGUUGGACUUAUGGUAUUUAUAAGAAAAAUGAUUAUAUACAAAGAUCUGAUACAAAAUUAAUUGAUCAUUGGGUGAACUUCAAGCCUUAUUAA